GUCCAGUUGUUUACGUUUUGGAUCUUGCAGAUCGACUGAUCUCAAAGGCAUGCCCAUUUGCUGCAGCGGGAAUAAUGGUGGGCUCUAUAUACUGGACAGCUGUUACAUACGGAGCUGUGACAGUGAUGCAGGUUGUGGGUCACAAAGAAGGUCUUGACGUCAUGGAGAGAGCUGAUCCUUUAUUUCUUUUGAUUGGACUUCCCACUAUCCCAGUCAUGCUAAUAUUGGGCAAGAUGAUUCGUUGGGAAGACUACGUGCUCAGACUGUGGCGCAAAUACUCUAAUAAGCUACAAAUUUUGAACAGCAUAUUUCCAGGCAUUGGAUGUCCAGUUCCUCGUAUUCCAGCAGAGGCCAACCCUCUGGCAGAUCAUGUCUCUGCUACGCGUAUUCUGUGUGGAGCUCUAGUUUUCCCUACUAUUGCCACGAUAGUUGGCAAGCUGAUGUUCAGCAGUGUUAACUCAAACUUACAAAGGACAAUCUUGGGUGGAAUUGCUUUUGUUGCUAUAAAAGGAGCUUUUAAGGUUUACUUCAAACAGCAGCAAUAUUUGCGCCAAGCUCACCGCAAAAUUUUAAAUUAUCCUGAGCAAGAAGGAGCAUAAGGCUGUGAUCUCCAGAUGUCGUACAGUCUCACCUAACAGGUUUCCAUGUUAUAUUGGUCCCAUCAUUAUUGCACAGUAGUGGAGAAUUGUGAUAAGUUGCUGCUCCUUUUUUUCUUUUUCUUUAAAUAUAAUAAAGCACUGUCUUGUGGCAGGGUAAAUCCUUUCAGCGACCACUGAACCUGAGAAUGUGACUUGGCUUUCAUUAUUUUUGGGUAUUUCUGUUGGGCAACAGGCUUCUGAAUUAUUUUCUUUGAGCCAAUAUGCUGAAUGGGAAAAAAAGCAUCAAUUACAGAACAAGAACAUUUUAAACUGUGUACUUGAUGUAGGCUAUAUCCAAAUGCCUUUUCUUUAUGUGUUUUCAUACCCACGCUAUCAUCCAGUUCAGCAUUUCACACAAUGAAGGGAGCUUUUUUUAGAAAGGAAAUGUGAGUCAUUACCAAGGAGAAGUAAUUGUGGGACAUCAGUCAAUAAAGAUUUCUGUAGUUUUUGCUGGUAUCAAACAGGGAGUGUAAAAUACUCAAAUGACUGGUCAGAGGAAGCAGAAGAUAGAUCACUCUCUACAGGACUCGUGUGUCAGCUUUAGCCACCUAAGUACUAGGUGUUGGAAUUAGCAAGGCUUCCAGGUGACUGUUCUAUUACUG